UUGAACUAGUGCAGAGAGUUCAGCUGGAAAGAGCAACCUUAUUAUUUCGGAAGAGAUGUCAAUUUAAAAGAAUAGAAUAAAAAAAUAUUUCUAUAGUGCAGGAUACUGAUUCAAGGAAUAUAAUGACACGAGAGAUAUUAACCAUUCAAUUAGGACAUUAUGCCAAUUUUAUUGGCACUCACUGGUGGAAUCUGCAGACUUCUAAUUUCACAUACAAUCCAAAAGAUUUAGCUGAAAUAGAUCAUGGUGUACUAUAUAGAGAAGGUGAAAAUCUGCAGAAACAAGUUACAUUCACACCAAGAGUAUUAAUGGCAGAUUUAAAAGGAGGAACAGGCUCUAUAUACGAACAUAGUAUCUUAUAUGAUACAGAACCUACAAGCAUAGAAGCUACCUCAAAUAAUCAACUAUGGAAUGAUGAACAAUUGGACAUUAUCAGUGCUGAAAUACCUAAUCUGGAAAUAUCCACACAUACAUUAAAUAAACUAGAUAAAGCUAACGAUUCAACUUUAACUUUUAGUGAAAAUGACACAAAAUCAUGGGUUGAUUAUCUCCUACCUUUAUUUCACCCAAGAUCAUUAACAGUUAUUAAAGAGUACUCACAUAAUUGUACAAAUCGACCAUUUGAUAUAUUUACAUAUGGUUGUAAUUUAUGGACUACAGAACAAUUCUCUGAUGACUUCUCAAACAACAUAAGAUCUUAUGUAGAAGAAUGUGAUUUAAUGCAAGGAUUUCAGGUACUUAUGGAUUCUACUGACGGCUUUGCUGGUCUGGGAGCUUCCUGUAUUCAACAUCUGCACGAUGAGUAUGGAAAAAGUAUAUUGGCAUUUCCAUGUAUAAACUUCAAUAAUGCUGAACCAAGUGCAUCUGACUUAAUCAAAGUUGUCAAUACGGCACUAUGUUGGCAGAAUAUUGGAGAACACUCGUCGCUCUAUAGUCCACUCUCUUGUGGACAAGUUGGCUGGCCAUUUGCAGCUGAUCCACGUAAAUUCGACAACAUAACAUACAAGGCAGAAUUGAAAUAUCACAGUAGCGCAAUAUUAGCGACUGCUUUGGACACAUUAACCCUGAGGUAUAGAACUAAAAAGUAUCCGAAUGUCAGCUUAUCCGACUUGUGUGCUGACUUGAACAAAUUAGGCCGCAAAGCCGCAGCUACCAGCUUGAGUCUACCAUUUCCUAUGAAAAUGAAGAUGGAUUUAAUAGAUAUGCUGGACGAAGUCGAGGGUCCAUUGUGGACAAGCUUGACACCAAGCUGUGAUAUACCGAUGGAUGACAAUAUGCAGAGUAUAGUAUUGCGAGGGAUUUCUCAAGACAGAAUGAAACGACCGAUUCAACAAGCUAACAAACAAAUAUCCAAACCAGCAUACCGAUGCUCCAGUGUGCAUGAGAUGAUGACGUUUUAUCUAGCCUGUACGUGUCACGCAUCGGCUACUUACUUCUCCGAUAUCGAAGCACCACUCAAAAUCGUUGAUCCAUACCCAAAAAUAUUCAAUAAUAAUGUAACUGAGGACGGUAGCAUCGCCAAUUGGUCUGUAGGCAAUGAUGUGAAAUCAAUUGCAGUGAUGGCUGGAAUGCAUAGCAAUGGCAGCAUCGCGGCGAUGUACGAGACAUUGCUUAAGCAAACUAAGAGAAUACGAAGUAUAAAAAAAUUCCAUUCAUUUACGGAUUCCGGGUUGGACGAAGACGAAUUCGCAGAGUGUAUUCAUAAUUUGCAAGAUUGCAAAGAAACGUACGAGAAUCAUUAUAUUUGAGAGACUAAUGUGGCAACUUGCGAUUGCAUUUGCAAUUCUUAUCUUUUUUACAAUGAAACCAUUACGUAUUUAUUUUAUGUAAUUAAUACGCUAUAAUUUGAUGAUUAUUAAUAAAAAAAAAAUUCGCGUGUUAAUGUUAAGAAGUAACGUUUAUUGUGCGCCAAGAGGAUACACAAAAGUGGAUUGUAAUUCGUCGUAAAUCCAACAUCGAAACGUCCCUGAAGAUGGGAGUGGCGAGACACACCCUGGUUAUUAGAUUGCACGAUUUCGUAUCGAACAUCGGGGAUGCGAAACUCAGUUCUCACUGUUCCUCCGUCAAUGUAAUGUAUCCUUUCGUACGAUUCGAACUGAAGUAUUUUUUUUUUUAAUAUUCUA